AUGUCCCCUGCAUUUGAAAGAAUUACUAAGAAGAUGGUCAGAAAGCAUGUGAGCAAAGACAUGAAGCCUAUCAAACACCCGUUCAGCGCUACCAAGUUCCGUCGGCUCAGUUUAUUCCGGGAUCGGUCUCACUUCAGGUUUCUGGGACUAUAUGAAGAUGAUCCCAUUGACUGUUCCCUCAUGGACAUCCUGGAGCCAAACUCUCCAGUCCCAGAAACGGUUGUAAUAGGAAAAUUCCCCAUCAGUGACACUGAGAUCAAGAUGCAGAAAGCUGGUGUAGGUGUGAACGCUGGUGCAGAACUGAGUGUGUCAGGGGAGGCAACUCAGUUUUAUGAAUCUUCCUUUGAGAUUCAGAUAAUGAACAUCCCACCCAAAAAUCUGGAUGUCCUUCGAAACAGUAAACUGUUGGACCCAGAGCCAUCAUUCUUGACGUACUACCGGAGUAGAGGGGAUGACCUAUAUGUGGUGACAGAGACCAUUGAACUGAUCAACCCUGCUGUGCUACAUGAGAACAGCAGUGUGAAAUUAGGGGGAAAGCUGUCCAUCCCUUGGAAUACUUAUGUCGAGGGUCAAGGUCAAGGAGAGGGUUUCAAAGCAACGGAAGAAAAGACAACUCUCCCACAGGGCAUGAUAAUGGCCUAUAACAGGAUGAAGCUGAUCAUCAGGGAGAAAGGUUUAGACUCCACGUGGACAGACUAUCUGUGUCAUUUGCACACAGAGAACGAUCAGCUGUGCCCAAGCAGCUCUCUAAUGAGUAGGAGCAAAGAUGAAAUUCACACUGUAGAUAGAGGUCAGAAACUCCUACUGAGAGCACCAGGAGAUGACAUUGCUAUUGAAGGUCAAGGACUUAAAAACCUGGACGCAAGUGUGGAAGGUGUUACACAGCAUGCUUGUGAGUUCAGGAGUGUAGGCAGGGAGAUAGCUGAAGUCGUUCAGCUCAUCCCAGCUGAUGCUAAGGAGAAAACCUUUGAACGUCUAACUCGGAUGGGGACGGAAAUACAUUACAGCGGCUGGAGUGAUUCCAUCUACCUGAGCAGUUACAUCUGCCCGAUAGGAAGAAUAGAAGAGCCCUUUUGGCAAGAUUUCAAACAACUGCAAAGGGAGGUUUCCCAAAACAUGGACGUCCUGGCCCAGUUUUCAAAAGUUGUUCAAGAUGUCCUAUUCUAUAAUAUCUUGGAUAUGCUUGAGAACAGAGAGGCUCUGUACCGCCUGAUGGCCAUGCUGGAACUGGAAAGCUCAGAGAGUUUGGAUGGCCCUGCUGGCAGAAUCCUAAAUGAAAUACGAAAAGACUCAAGAUGGGAAUGGGUGUACAAAGAUACCAUUCUUUAUCUCCUUCAAGCCAUACUGGUACUGAGUGACACUCAGCUUGACCUGCUGGCCCAGUCCAUGAAGAAGAGGAUCCUGCUCCACCAGCAGGAGUUGGUAAGAAGCAUCCUGGAACCCAACUUCAAAUAUCCCUGGUUCCUUCCUUUCACCCUCAAACCCGAGCUCCUCAGUCCACUGCAGGGUGAGGGGCUGGUCAUCACCUAUGGCCUGUUGGAGGAGUGUGGCCUGAAGAUGGAGAUGAAUAACCCCAAGUCUACCUGGGAUCUAGAAGCCAAGGUGCCCUUGUCGGCCCUCUAUGGGACUCUCUUGUUGUUGCAGCAGCUGGCUGAGGCCUAAACCUUCCCUGGUAGGCAGGCCAGGAAGGCCUGGCCUCACUCCCAUCUGUGCUGUGAGCACCCUCUGUAGGCUCAAGGAACAGGGCCUCAGCUCUCAGUUUUCCCAGAUAGCGUAGAGAUGAAUAGGUAGAGACUUUAGGGAAUUAUCUAGAUGAUGAAAAAUAUUCUAUAUUUUCAUAAAGGUUUAUAUGUCUGUUAGAACUCCUUA